GGAAGAGAAGAACAUUAGAUUUGCAUGAAAAUUUUGUAGGGGUAGUGCGUGUAUAAAUACAUGUACACAAAGGGAGACGAUACAGAUACGAUACUUGACUCUCAUCUUCACACGCUUUUCUCUUUCUCUCUCUAAAAAGUCUCUUCCGUUUCUCUCGUCUCCCUUUUCUUGUAGUUCGGGGGUUGGAUCCUUUAUUCGGUUCUGGAAAAUCUGAUUUGAGUUGCUAUUAAACUGAGAAUAUUGAUUUGAAAUUCGUUAGCUGAAGAACCUGCAUCAAGAUGUCGACUUACACUCCUAAGAAUAUACUCAUUACUGGGGCUGCAGGGUUUAUUGCAUCUCAUGUUGCCAACCGCCUUGUUCGGAGUUACCCCGACUACAAAAUCGUUGUGCUUGACAAGCUUGAUUAUUGUUCCAACCUGAAAAACCUUAAUCCAUCUCGAUCCUCCCCUAAUUUCAAGUUUGUUAAGGGAGACAUUGGCAGUGCUGAUCUUGUUAACUACCUUCUCAUCACUGAGUCCAUUGACACUAUAAUGCACUUUGCUGCUCAGACCCAUGUUGACAACUCCUUUGGUAAUAGCUUUGAGUUCACCAAGAACAACAUUUAUGGUACACACGUGCUAUUAGAGGCUUGCAAAGUUACUGGUCAGAUCAGAAGGUUUAUCCAUGUCAGCACGGAUGAGGUUUACGGGGAGACUGAUGAGGAUGCCGUUGUGGGAAACCAUGAAGCCUCACAACUCCUUCCUACGAACCCAUAUUCAGCCACUAAAGCUGGGGCUGAAAUGCUUGUUAUGGCAUAUGGGAGAUCAUACGGGUUGCCUGUUAUAACCACUAGAGGGAAUAAUGUGUAUGGUCCCAAUCAAUUUCCUGAGAAGUUAAUCCCAAAGUUUAUAAAUCUAGCCAUGAGGGGGAAGCCUCUUCCUAUUCACGGAGAUGGUUCAAAUGUCAGAAGUUAUUUGUACUGUGAGGAUGUUGCUGAGGCUUUCGAGGUCGUUCUUCACCGAGGAGAGGUUGGUCAUGUUUAUAACAUUGGAACUAAGAAAGAGAGGAGGGUGAUUGAUGUUGCCAAAGAUCUAUGCAAGCUUUUUAACAAGGAUCCAGACGCAAGCAUUCAGUUUGUGGAGAACAGGCCCUUCAAUGACCAGAGGUAUUUUCUAGAUGAUCAGAAGUUGAAGAACUUGGGUUGGUCAGAGAGGACCACGUGGGAAGAGGGUCUGAAAAAAACCAUGGACUGGUAUAUCAGUAAUCCUGAUUGGUGGGGAGAUGUCUCUGGAGCAUUGCUUCCCCAUCCUAGAAUGCUGAUGAUGCCUGGUGGGGUAGAGAGAGGAGCUGAAAAAGAUGAUUCGGGAUCAUCUGAGUGCUCUGGAAACCCCAACCAGACCCGGAUGGUAGUUCCAGCUUCCAAGAUCGGCAACCCCCCUAAUAAAUCACCUUAUAAGUUUUUGAUUUAUGGUAGGACUGGUUGGAUUGGUGGUCUGCUAGGCAAGCUUUGUGAGAAACAGGGAAUUCCUUAUGAGUAUGGAAGGGGACGUCUGCAGGAUCGCUCACAACUUUUGGCGGACAUUCACGCUGUCAAGCCCACACAUGUAUUCAAUGCUGCUGGUGUCACCGGUAGACCUAACGUUGAUUGGUGUGAGAGUCAUAAAACUGAAACAAUUUGUACAAAUGUUGCUGGAACUCUAAACUUGGCUGAUGUUUGUAAAGAGCAUGGUUUAUUGAUGAUGAAUUUUGCAACUGGUUGCAUAUUUGAAUAUGAUGCUGCACACCCAGAAGGUUCUGGUAUUGGAUUCAAAGAAGAAGACACGCCCAAUUUCUUUGGUUCUUUCUAUUCAAAGACCAAGGCUAUGGUUGAAGAGUUGCUGAAAGAAUACGAGAAUGUUUGCACCCUCAGAGUCCGGAUGCCAAUAUCUUCAGACCUCAGCAACCCCCGGAAUUUCAUUACCAAGAUUAGUCGCUACAAUAAGGUGGUCAAUAUUCCCAACAGCAUGACAAUUUUGGAUGAGCUUCUUCCAAUUUCAAUUGAGAUGGCAAAACGUAAUCUCAAGGGCAUAUGGAAUUUCACAAACCCCGGUGUUGUGAGCCAUAAUGAGAUUUUGGAGAUGUACAAGAAAUAUAUAAACCCAGACUUUACAUGGGCCAAUUUCACAUUGGAAGAACAGGCUAAGGUAAUUGUUGCAGCUCGCAGUAACAAUGAGAUGGAUGCUUCAAAGUUGAAAAAGGAGUUCCCUGAGUUGCUUCCAAUCAAGGAAUCAUUGGUCAAAUAUGUGUUUGAACCAAAUAGAAAAACUGCUGCAUAAUAAGCCUUAGGUUACUGAGAUCAGACUUCUGGUUUGGAUCAAUAUGCUACUUGACUUUGUAUCCUAGUUUAGUCAUUAUUCGUCAUUAGUAGCCAAAAUUUUCUAUUGUUUAGAUUCUUGCCGGUGAUUAGAAUUCCUAUGCUUGGUUGUUCCUGUUAGUUAUCUAUGAGUUUAUAAUGUUUAAUAAUGUGCUAUGAGGAAGCUUUGGAUAGGAGUUCCCCAUGUAUCUGUUAUCAACCCUGUGUGCUAAGGGUUUAUUUACUGAAUCUAAUAUAUAUGGAAUUAUGAAUUGUUUCUUGCUCCA